GAGAAAAACGUGCUCAGAAAUAAAGUUAUAAGUUUUACUUUUAGAUUUUGUUACGUUCUACAAAAGCAAAUACAAGCACUCAUAGCUCCGCCAGUAUCAGAAGACUCAAAAGUAUCAAAGAAUAAGAAAGAUAAAGAUGAAAAAAGACAUCCGUAUUUCAAGAGACCUGGCAGAGGUCACAAUAGAGACUCUUGUGAUGCUUGUGAAGACGGCGGAGAAUUAAUUUGUUGUGAUAAAUGUCCUGCUUCUUUCCAUUUACAGUGCCAUGAUCCACCUUUAGAUGUAUCAGAUAUACCAAAUGGUGAAUGGAUUUGCCACGCUUGUCGUUGUGCAAAAAAAGAUCUCAAAUCAAGUUCAAAAACUAAAAAUAACAAUAACAAUAACUGCAACAAUAAAAAUAAUAAUAAUAAUAAUAAUAAUAAUAAUAAUAGUAGUAAUAAAAAGUCACCACUAGAAGUAUUAGCAUUAGCAGCAUCACUAGUUAAUCCACGCGAAUUCGAAUUGCCAAGAGAAUUAAGACUACCAAUAACAUUUCCCGGUACCGACAAAGUUGACGUAGUAGCUGGUAAACGUGGCAAACACCAAGGAACAUCUUCAAAUAAUGGUAAAAGUCAUUGUUUAGAUUCAAAUUUAAUGGUACCAUUGCCAGCUAGAUUGUGUUAUGAGUGUGGCAAGAGUUGUAAACGUGCUCCACUUAUAGCUUGUGAUUACUGUCCAUUAUAUUUUCAUCAAGACUGCUUAGACCCACCGUUAACGGCCUUUCCAAGUGGUCGUUGGAUGUGUCCAAAUCACCCGAAUCAUUUUAUUGACCAAAAUCUGCUGCAAUCAUGCAAUGCGACAGAGCGGUUAAAAUUGUGGGAUCAAUUUGCUACGCGUAGAAUUGACCAGCAUGCGGUUAAAUUGGAGUUUUUACGCAAAGUACGAGCUGUUAAUCCACCGUUUAGAGUUAAAUUGACCUCUAAUGGCCGGAGCAAAGUUAAAGUACCGACAAUGGUUAAGUAUUAUUAUGCUAAUCCAGUAGAAUUAAAUACUAUAAACUCGUACCGAGUUAAAACACUUAUAAGGCCGCAUAUUGAGAACCCGGAAGAUAUAAAUAAUGAAAAAAGUAAACAAGUUAAUGGAGAUGACAGGCGUGAUAAUUGCUCAAAUAAGUCUAGUGAUGAUGUUAAAGUAUCUAAUGAUAGUAAAGAAGACAAAAAGGAAGAUGAUAAGACAGAAAAUAUGGAAGUUGAUGACGAAAAACCACUAGAUCAAUUAAAUGAUAAUAUUUAUACCGAUAAUUUUAAACAAAAUUUAAGUCAUAGUAAUUUUAGAACCGGCCAUUCUAUCAAACAAGGAGUUCAAUUGUUAGAGCGACCUGUUCUUGAAGCGUUAGCGCAACAAAGAUUGGAGCAAAUAUUGAAUCCAUUUCACGAAGACUAUCGGAUAGUCAAUGACCAGUACGAAGCCAGAGCCGCGCUGUUUCCGCUGAGCAGAAAGCCUGGUCCUCCGGCUUUGAUGGUCAGCAGAACUAUGACUAUUGGUACUGGGGCUAACUGUGACGUUUUGCUGUCCAGUUAUGGGAACUGCGAUUGCGUAUCGCCGAAGCACGCUGUUAUUUUUUUCGACGACAGUACUAAGAGAUACGAAUUACUGAAUUACAGCGAGUACGGCACCACUGUUGACAAUGUUUUUUACUCGUGUGAUUGCACUAGCUUUUCAUCAAGACGCAGCAAAGAGGGAGAUGUACUCCCGGACAAUUGGAAACCAUAUGGAGCAUUAAAAGAUUUAUCGAGUAAUAAAUCUAACGGAAACAAAGUGUCAUGUAAAUGUUCAACAGAUGUUGAUUUUGAAGAUCUUAACCAAGUUUACACCCAAGCCGGCUGGGAAGGCAGUGCUACUGUUGCUCAUGGUUCUAUUCUUACAUUUGGGUGUCUUGUUUUUGUUUUUAGUACUGUUGCUGUGCAAUCAAAAUAU